AUGGAUCAUCUCGCCGACGUCCAUCUCGCGGACGUUAGCGGCAUGACACCAUUGCAUUAUGCUGCCACGAGCAACUCUUUAGCAUGCUUAACACUUCUUUUUGGUCAUGGAGCAGAUCUGAGUGCGAAGGACAAAGACCGCGGCUGGACCCCUCUUCAUUAUGCCGCUUUCAACCAGGCCAAUCCAUCUUGGGUUGAGGAACUGCUUGUCCAUGGAGCCGACGUCAAUGUCAAAACAGAUAACCUCAAAACAGCGCUGGUAUUGGCCAUAAUGAAAUGCCACCAUCUCACUGCGAGGUCUCUGAUCAAGCAUGGCGCAGCUAUCAAUCUCAAAGGCUUGGACGGCUUUACACCAUUGAAUAGCACUCUGAUAUCCAACAGCAGUGCCUGCAUGCAAGUUUUGAUUGACGCUGGCAUCAGCCUCAACGAAAUAGCGUGGAAAGGACAGACAGUGCUCCACCUCAUCGCCCUUUACGCCAAUGAGGAGAUGAUUGACUGUUUGAUGAAAGCAGACUUUUCCCGUCUGGUCCUGGAUGCAGUUGAUGGAGCAAGGAAGACUGCUCAAGAGCUUUUGAAGUCCGCGUCGAGGAAAGCGAGCGCGCUAGUUGUCAGAGCCUUUGCUCGGCUCUGCGACAAGGUACUGGAUGAUAUUAUCUUUGCGAAUGAAGCCGACUCUCAGGACUUCGAAGAUGCGUUGGAAGAAUUAUAA